GAAACUCCAACUUUACCACACUUUCCUUCGAUCUGCAGAGGAGUCGACCAAACAAUAUCCAGUGGUCCCAUCGGAUUAUUUUACCUUUCAUUCAGGCAUCCCCCACCAUGAAGCUGCUUUUGGCAGGACUUGCUCUGAUUCUAAUUGUGGGAACAGAAGCAGUGGAUUUAAAUUUUCCCAUCCAAGCUAUUCAAGGAGGUCAUGACAUGUGGAAAGCCUACAGGGACUUGAAAAAGUCCAACUGGAUAGGUGCUGACAAAUACUUCCAUGCCAGAGGAAACUUUGAUGCUGCAAGGAGAGGACCAGGAGGUGUAUGGGCUGCUGAAGUCAUCAGUGAUCUCAGGGAGAUGGCGCAGAAAUAUUCAUCUUCAGGUUUUGAUGCUGAGGACUCUGCAGCCGAUCAGAAGGCAAAUCACUGGGGACGAAGUGGAGGUGAUCCCAACUGUUUCCGACCGAAAGGUCUUCCUGAUAAAUACUGAGAAAGUUACCGAUUUCCUUUAAAUGUACGAAAAACUCUCGUGGUUUGAAAUGAUUACUCACUUAUCACUGUUUUGCAUGUUGUGAUAGAAAAUUGUAUAUUUUGCCCAUUUCUCUAAAUAUUUUAGAUGUUGUUUGAAAAUAGAACAUUUUAUAUUAGUGUAUUGUUUUACACAUAACAGAGAAUAUUAAUAGAUUCACCUCCAGCAGCUGAGACAAAAGUAACUAAUUUGAACAUGAAUUAUAAAUAAAAACAAAACCCUACACGGGUCCACAAAGCAUCUGUGUUGUCAUAUGAAUGAAUAAAGGUCUGCCUUUUGACAUA